AUGUAUCAGUCGUUCACGGGAGCAUCACGCCGCCCACGGCAAGUCAACCUCUCGGGCAAAAACACAAACCCUUUCGCCGCCAACAACCCGCUGGGCGGUCCACAGAGCGCUGUGCAGAACGCACAUCAAGACCGACAAGCCCGACAGAAGCAACGACAAGAGCUGAAUGCCGCUAAGACGGUGCAAAGAGUUUGGAGGGGCCACAAUGCUCGGCGAAAGACAAGAGAUGGCUGGCGCAAACAGUGGGACGCUGUAGAUACGACCCACGUCGACGCCGUUCAACGACUAAACACUCUCCUGCUGUUCUUCUCGCCCUCCAACGACGGUGACAUCCAACGCCUCAUCUCCCUCGUCUCGGAUCACUCCCUGGACACGGCUACUUUGCAACACUACCUGCGCCUGGAGAAGGCUUGUUUGGAUGCCUUGACACAAACAAAGCCUCAUCGGGUCAACGACCUGCUCGCCGUCUUGACCUUCUUAGCCACCACGACCCCCCAGGAGACAUCUCGCAUCUCCUUCGACUACUACACAACUCUAUCGAAGCUGGAUCACUCUUCACUUCCAAACAUCCAACAGGCUGUGGCAGCCCCUCUCACCUCACAUCUCCCCGCUGCUUACGAAGGCUUCGCUGCCGCCUAUCUCACAACCCCGCUAGACACCAUCUCACUCGAUCAUCUCACUCCCACGCUGAACUUCGCCCACCUCACACAGGCAAUAUCCAAUGUCUCGUUGACCGCGACAUUGGACACAAGACGUCGCCUAUGGCUACUUAGCCAGUUCAUAUAUCUUAUGCCAGAGGGCCUGCGUGCCUCAUCCUACGUGCCUGUAGUCGCACGCCUUCUUUCCUCACUGGCCGAAGCUAUUGCUCCAGAAGCUCCUGCUCUCGACAUGACCAACAAAGAUUAUGACCGGCUCGUUCUCGCAAAAAACCCCGCCCGGGUGCACCUGAACAAAUUUCUGAGGGACCAAUUCUCGCGUCUAGUGGACAAAGAUGCCAUCAGAUCUCUCGUACCAAGGCCACUUGCCUCAUCCGAAACUUCUGUGCUGGACGACUCGUCAGAUUCGCAAGUAUUGGCCAGUUACGCCCUAAUACUCCUGCGUAUCUUUCCCUUGCGUGCUGACGAUAUACGCAUGUGGCUGUAUCUCGGUCCAACCGACCAAGCAUAUCGAGACGAUACCGUUCCUGCCAUUGCUUAUUUCUGGAAGGGCAUGCGCUCAACUUCCAUCUUCACAAACAUCUACAGAGAUCCGCGAGCCGCGGUGGAGCUGUUAAAGGCGCCAAAGGCUUCGAUUUCAGCGUGGAAACCCGCUCGAUACGACGAAGAAAGCUCGAGGAGAAGUUCAGAGUGGCGCGUCGUUCUUGUUUUUCUUGAACUCUUCACCUUCGUUCUCAAGAUCAUGGACGACGAAGAGUUUCUCGGAGCAAAAUCUGGCCCAAGUACACGAGACAGUAACAGUGCCCUCCCUAUUGAAGAUCUGAAAGAUUUGACCGUCUUCUUGAAGAAUUUGGGGUUCUCCAUGUACUUCAAUUCACAGGAGAUAUCCGAGUCAUUUGAACCCAGCCUUGAGCUUUUGAGCCCGGCGAAUCUAAGUCGCCAUUUCGGCGGCACGUCAACUGCUACAGAAUCGAAAGCUGAAGCUCGCCCUCAAACGAUAUCAGUCGCAGGUACCGUCGGGAUGAGUCUUGAGUAUGUGAAGAGUCUGGUCACUGGCCUGCUGAGGUCUGUAUACGAGCGAGAUUCGAGAAGAAACUUCUUACCUAAGGAACACUGGUUGAUGACAUCUCGCCUCGACAUGACCAACUUCAUACAAGCUGUUGUUGGGGAAGAUGAACGACGACAGCAGUUGCAACUGCAGGCUGAAGAAGAUGGCAAUGCCAAUGAUCCCGACUCCGACUGGGACGAGACUGCUCUCGUUUCUAUCAAUCAAUCACAGAAGAACCACCUACGCAACACCCGAGAAAUCAGCAGGGCUCGUUAUCUACAGUCAGUCGCGCCUCGAUUGGAAAUCCUGCAGAACAUGCCCUUCAUGAUUCCAUUCGAAACAAGAGUUCAGAUCUUCCGCGAAUUUGUCCGUCUGGAUAUGAUGACCCGGAGAGGUGGACAUACUGAUCCAGAUAUUUGGCGCCACCUGACUGUGUUUGGACCGAUAGGUGGUGGACAUGAGUCACUUGGGCGUCACCAUGCAAGUAUUCGUCGCAAGAAUGAGUUUGAGGAUGCUUUCAGUCAGUUCUACAGUCUUGGCGAUGGUCUCAAGGAGCCAAUUCAAAUCACGUUCUUGGACGAAUUCGGUCUGCAAGAAGCUGGAAUUGACGGUGGAGGUGUCACAAAAGAGUUCUUGACUAGCAUCACCUCGGAAGCCUUCAACCCUGAGAAGGGUCUGUUUAUGGAGAACAGCCAACAUUCGCUAUAUCCUGACCCGACCAGCGUCGAAGCUCACAAAGAGAUGCUGCGCCAAGAAGGAUACACUAAUGAUACUGAAGAAUAUCGAGAGUCGAUGAAGGAUCUCUUGAAUCGAUACGAGUUCCUGGGUCGUGUUGUUGGCAAGUGUCUAUACGAAGGUAUCCUUAUCGACAUCAACUUCGCCAGCUUCUUCCUAACCAAGUGGGCACUUUUCGGUGGACGAGGUGCUGCAUCCAAAGAGUCUGGCUACAGAGCCUCAAUCAACGAUCUGCGCGAUCUUGACGAGGAGCUCUAUCAGGGAUUGCAGACCCUCAAACAUCACCCUGGCGAGGUCGGGGAAUGGGGAACAUACUUUGCCAUCAACGACACUAUCCCACUACCCAACGGACAAACCAAAACUGUCGAAUUCGAGCUUAUACCUAACGGUGCGAACAUCCUUGUCACAAGAGAGAAUCGCUUGCUAUAUAUAUCACAUGUAGCCCGCUAUCGUCUGUCCCGACAAUCGAAGCUCCAGACAGACGCCUUCCUCACCGGUCUCUCCAGCAUAAUCCAACCAAGCUGGCUCAACAUGUUCAACCAAAAAGAACUUCAAACUCUUGUCGGUGGCGCGGCCUCCAGCAUCAACAUUCCCGACCUCCGCGCAAACACACAAUACAGUGGUGUCUACGUAAUCGGCGAUGACGGCCAAGAACACCCGUCCGUCCAACUCUUCUGGCAACUCAUGCUCGACCUUCCCGAUAUCGAGCGUCGUAAAGUGUUGAAAUUCGUCACCUCCACACCUAGAGCUCCGUUACUUGGUUUUGGCUCGCUGAACCCGAGGUUCACGAUUAGAGAUUCGGGGGAUGAUGAACACAGGUUCCCAACAGCGAGUACUUGUGUUAAUCUGCUGAAGUUACCGAGGUUUAGAAGUAAGGAGGCCUUGAGGGAUAAAUUGCUUUAUGCUGUUAAUUCUGGUGCUGGGUUCGAUUUGAGUUAG